AUUUUGGCCUGGAGGAUUCCAUGGACUGGAUAGUCCCGUGGGGUCGCAAGGAGUCGGUCACGUCUGAGCGCCUUUCACUGAGCAUUGAAACUGCCAUGUCUUAAAACACUGCACUCGCAGCUAACGUCUCCAAAAUCAGGUGCCCUCUGCCCCUCACCUCUGGUCCCUCUGGGCACCACGUGGUGGGACCUAAGAGACGAGGGAAGUCGUCCAAACUCCACUUCCCGACGCCCCCAAGCCGCGAGGUCCCUCGAAGGUCUGGGGGUGAACAAAGCCCCCCCAGCGAGGGCUGCCCUCGCGGACACGACGGCGGCGUGAGGAUGCCCGCAAGACGCCGACCGGAGAACGGCGCGCCCCUGACGAACUUCUCAGCCGCCUGUGGCAGCUGAAGGUGCCCGAAAUUCCUUUCCAAAUCUCAACAAAUAUUGUUUAUUGACGAUCGAUUUUAAAGGAUGUCCUUUCCCACCAAGAUUACUAGACAUUUACUCACCUUCAAGAUGCAAGUUCAAAGGUCAACUUUUUGGAAGACUUUCCUGACUUUGGAAGCUCACAACCCAGCGCCUGAAAACCACACCCUGGAUGUUGUUUUUUAGACCUUUUAAGGUGUUUUAAACCACAGUGACUAUACCUGCUGGGCGUGUUGUGGUCUGUUACAGGAAAGGUGCUGACUCUCUGAAUCUCAACCAUGCUGUCAGACGGCUUGCAAAGUUUCCUAAGGAUUACCAAACGUCAUCUGAUACGUGCAGGAUCAUGCCAGCGAUUAAUAAAUGAAAGGCGGUUCUUGGCAACCACGCCAGCACCCGGAUUGCGUCGGCGAGUCGUCGUCACCGGCAUCGGUUUAGUGACCCCUCUUGGAGUUGGAACUCAGCUGGUGUGGGACCGGCUUGUCCGGGGAGAGAGUGGAAUAGUCUCCCUGAUUGGCGAGGAGUACCAGAGCAUUCCGUGCAGCGUUGCCGCUUAUGUGCCAAGAGGUUGUGAUGAAGGGCAGUUCAACGAGCAAAGCUUUGUGCCCAAGUCAGAUACCAAGGCCAUGUCGCCUCCCACGGUGAUGGCCAUCGCGGCCGCUGAGUUAGCCUUAAAAGAUGCGGGCUGGCACCCUCAAUCAGAAGCUGACCAGGCAGCUACAGGUGUCGCAAUCGGCAUGGGAAUGGUUCCUCUGGAGGUGAUUUCCGAAACCGCUUUGACGUUUCAGACCAAAGGUUACAGUAAAGUCAGCCCAUUCUUCGUCCCUAAGAUUCUGGUCAACAUGGCAGCAGGCCAGGUCAGCAUCCGCCAUAAGCUCAAGGGCCCCAACCACGCGGUCUCCACGGCCUGCACCACCGGGGCUCACGCGGUGGGAGACUCGUUCAGGUUCGUAGCCCACGGAGAUGCGGACGUGAUGGUGGCCGGGGGGGCAGAUUCUUGCAUCAGCCCCCUGUCCCUUGCUGGGUUCGCCAGAGCCCGCGCUCUGAGCACAAACGCGGAUCCGAAGUCCGCCUGUCGGCCGUUUCACCCCCAGAGGGACGGGUUUGUAAUGGGAGAAGGCGCGGCCGUGCUGGUUCUGGAAGAACACGGGCAUGCGCUCCGCAGAGGGGCCCGGGUCUACGCCGAGAUCGUGGGCUACGGACUCUCCGGGGAUGCUGGCCACAUAACCGCCCCCGACCCUGGAGGAGAGGGUGCCUUCAGAUGCAUGGCCGCUGCUGUAAAAGAUGCAGGCAUCCAACCUGAGGAGGUAACCUACAUCAACGCACAUGCUACUUCCACGCCUCUGGGAGACGCUGCUGAAAACAAAGCCAUCAAACAGCUUUUCAAAGACCACGCGCACGCCCUUGCUGUCUCCUCCACCAAGGGAGCCACGGGGCACCUCCUGGGGGCUGCCGGGGCAGCCGAGGCCGCCUUUACCGCCCUGGCUUGUUAUCAUCGGAAACUGCCGCCUACUCUAAACCUGGACUGCACAGAGCCGCAGUUUGAUCUCAAUUACGUGCCACUCAAGGCACAGGAAUGGAAAGCUGAGAAAAGACGAAUUGCACUGACCAAUUCCUUUGGUUUCGGCGGUACUAAUGCAACACUUUGUAUUGCUGGCAUGUAAGACAAAUCACUUGUAAUUAAAUAUUGAUGUUUUUAACCAUUAUAAACUGCACUGAGAAAUAAUACAUUUAUAUAAAUGCAUAUUUUUAUA